UUUCACUCAGGUCAAACGUGCUGUGACUCUGACCAACACUUCUGCAGAGGACCAGGUGAUAAAGGUCUGAUCUUCCUCCUCCUCCUCCUCCUCAUCCUCCUCUUCCUUCAGACCGACCCUGUCAUUCAGUCAUCGGCUGGUGGAAGGAAUCAUGGUCUCCUCCAUGCACCUCUGCUCGGUGCUGCUGGCUGUGAUCCUGCUGGGCCUUCAUCACUCCUCAGGGUUCUGGAUUAUAAAUGUUGUGUUUCCGCCCAAGGCCAAAAACAGAGUCCUCAGCAACAGCACUCCGCCACUCAUCAUCGUACCAGGGAACCUGGGGAAUCGUCUGGAGGCCAAGUUAGACAAACCCACGCUGGUCAACUGGUUGUGCUACAAGAAAACUGAACAUUGGUUCCCCCUGUGGAUCGACCUCAACAUGUUCAUGCCGAUAGGUGUAGACUGCUGGAUUGAUAACAUUAGACUUGUUUACAACAGGACGAGCCGGCGGUCAUCGAACUCACCGGGGGUGCAGGUGCGAGUGCCAGGAUUUGGGCAGACGUUCACGAUCGAGUAUCUUGACUAUAACAAACUGGCUGGUUAUUUUUACACUAUGGUGGAACAUCUGGUCAACAUGGGCUACACACGAAAUGAGACCGUCCGAGGAGCACCGUACGACUGGAGACUAACUCCCAAUGAGAAUGAAGAGUAUCUCAUGAAGCUGAAAGACCUGGUGGAGGAGAUGUACGACCAGUACCAGCAUCCUGUUUACCUGCUGGGACACAGCAUGGGCUCCCACUACGUCCUCUACUUCCUCAACCACCAGCCUCAGGCCUGGAAGGACAAGUUCAUCAGGGGCUUCAUUUCCCUGGGAGCUCCAUGGGGGGGCGCUGUUAAAGCACUUAGAGUCAUGGCAUCCGGAGAAAACGACGGCAUCCCGAUGAUUUCCAACAUCAAGAUCCGUGAGGAGCAGAGGAUGACAACAACAAAUCCCUGGAUGAUGCCGUCUGACAAAGCCUGGCCGAAAGAUCACGUGUUCAUCUCCACGCCGACCUUCAACUACACCAGCCAGGACUAUCACCAGUUCUUCAGAGACAUCAACUUUGAGGAUGGCUGGCACAUGUGGGAGGACACCAAGAACCUCACGAGUGAUCUCAUCCCACCCGGUGUGGAGGUGUGGUGCAUGUACGGCGUGGGCCUUCCCACUCCGAUAACUAACAUUUACGAUGAGGAUUUUCCCAACGUAGACCCGGUGGACUUUGUUUACGCCGAUGGGGACAACACGGUGGACAGCUUCAGCAUGAGCCUGUGCAAACGUUGGGUGAGGCAGCAGGAGAAGCCCGUCCAUGUGACGGAGUACAGAGGCUUGACCCACCUGGAUAUUGUUGUCCACGAAAAGGUGAUCAACCAAAUCCAGGACAUCCUGGAGGGCAAAUCAGACACACCUGAAGAAGUAGAUGUCAGAUUUGAAACUGAGUAGCAGAUAUACACAAAAAAUGUUUUUAACAAUGUUAAAUUUUGAGUCUAUUAAAGUGUCAGACAAACUACACAUUGCCACACACUGUAGCUCCUACAUGUUUAAACACCCCCGUCAUGGUCCAAGUUCGUGCAACAAACUAUUCUGGACUUGUACACAACUUGUCCCUGACCCCCCAGCAGAUAACUGUGACCCUGUUAUCUGAACUGUAUGCUGAGUUUAACUGUUUAUUUAUGUUCCAUAGUCUAUUUUGUUGUGUCUUGCCCACACAGUCUGUUGUAUAACCUUACGUCUGGUGGCAGUCAUGUUCAGACACACAGUGUUGAACAUGUACAUCAUUAUAGUUACAAACAUAGAAAUACGUUUUUUUUAAUGAAGUUUUCUUUCUUACUUGUCGUAGUCUGUGUAUUUUUGUGUGCGUAUUAUUUACAUACAACUCUAAAAUAAAUACCCAAUCAUGAUUUGUUUACUUUUGAUAGAUGGUAAAUUCAUCAUCACAUCCUUAUUAUAGACAAGUACACACACACACACACACACACACACACACACACAGGGACAGAAACAAAUGAUUAUAAAUGUUCCCUAUUAUUCAUAAGGUUUAGAUAAAAUGAAGAAAACCGAGACCGAGGAAGUGGACGGUGAAAACAUGUGUUUGAUAUCAUUGCAAUAUUUCUGUUAGGAUUUUUAUGUUUUUAGAUGAAUGUAAAAAAAAAAAGGUGAUCAUUAAAUCGUGCAUGUUGUAGCACAUGAAACCAGUGAUGUAAAACUAUAGAUAUGAUCUUACAAGUAAAAUGUUGCUUUGUAAACAUGUCAUAAUAAAAGAUCUAUGGUA